AUGAAGAAAGCACAAGUGGUUAUCAUCCCUCAUCCUGGUUUGAGCCACCUUGUUUCAACUCUUGAGUUCGCUAAGCUUUUAAUCAACCGUCAUAACCGUAUUCGAAUAACCGUCUUAGUUAUGAAAUUCCCAAACAACACUGAACCUCAACCCGAUCUCAACAUUCAAUCCGAUUCACUUCACCUCAUCAACCUUCCUCAAGUUUCACUUCCUCCAAACAUCCAUCGACGUUCCUCCGUCGUUAACGCUCUCCUCGAAGCUCAAAAACCAAACGUAAAACAAGCCGUCUCUAACCUCACUGCCCAAGAACAACAACAUGGACCUCUCGCUGCUUUUGUUGUCGACAUGUUCGGCACUACCAUGGUUGAUAUUGCCAAAGAAUAUUCCGUCCCUGCGCUCGUCUUCUUCACUUCCGGCGUUGCUUUCCUUGGUUUGAUGUUUCAUCUUCACACUCUUUUUGAAAGAGACAACGGCGCUUUGACUCGGUUUCUGCAGCAGAACGAGUUGGCCAUCCCAAGUUUCAACAGCCUGGUUCCUUCAAACUCGUUGCCCAGUUUUGUGCUGCGUAAGGAAUGGGAAUCGUUUUUUAUAAAUUUUGCAAGUGGCCUCAAGAAACCAAAUGGCAUUAUAGUAAAUUCAUUUGAAGAGCUCGAAUCACAUGCAGUUCAAUCUUUUUCCUCUCAUCCUGAUCUAGCAGGCUUACCAACUGUAUAUCCGGUGGGACCGUUAUUAAACCCUAACCUCAAAAUAGAUAAAAUCGUUGGAUCGGAUAAUAUCAUGAAAUGGCUUGAUGAUCAACCUCCUUCGUCGGUAGUUUUUCUCUGCUUCGGGAGCAUGGGUUCUUUCGACGAGGAGCAGGUUAAGGAGAUAGCACAUGCUAUUGAAAAUAUUGGUGUUCGCUUCGUGUGGUCUCUGCGUAAACUUUCGUCGAAAGGCUUUAGGCAACCGCCGUCAAAUUAUUCACUUUCAGAAUUGGAAUUGCUUCUACCCGAUGGAUUUUUAGAUCGGACUGCUGAAAUUGGAAAGGUUGUUGGUUGGACCCCGCAGGCUCAAAUACUUGCCCACCAAGCUAUAGGAGGAUUUGUUUCGCACUGUGGUUGGAAUUCCAUACUGGAGAGCAUAUAUUUUGGUGUGCCUAUUGCCGCAUGGCCUAUUCAUUCAGAACAACAGACAAAUGCUUUUGAAUUGGUGUGUGAGUUGAAGACGGGUGUGGAGGUUGCAUUGGACUAUAGGGAGGGCUAUUAUGGCGAGCGUAACUAUGUUGUAACUGCAGACAAGAUUGAGAGAGGAAUAAAGAGUGUGUUGGAUAAGAAUGGAGAGGUAAGGAAGAAAGUGAAAGAAAUGAGCGAAAAGAGUAAGAAAACUUUGUUAGAAGGAGGAUCUUCUUACUCUUAUUUAGGCAAUUUGAUUGAUUAUAUUAUGAAUCAAGUAUCAGAUUAA